UGAAGACCUCUGAAAGAAGACAUGGAACCUAUGUGCCUAGUGAGUAUCAGUGGCUGGUAGACAAGAUGAUGUAAUAGACAGAAGGACUAUGAGUGAGGGUGUGUUGGAGGCAGAGAAACCAGAGACAUCCAAGCCAGCAAGAAAAUCUGGAGAAAUGUGUGUUGGAUAGACAGACUUGUGCUGCAGUUGAGAAUAUGGACACUAUAGAGAGCUGCUGUUUCAUGUGCUAAAAUAUGACUAGCAAUAUUCCAGUCUCUGCGUGCUAAUUCACUUAUUCCUCACGACAGACUCAUGAGAUGAACAUUUUGUUUCUUGAAAAAUAUUCUCCUGGGCCAGGGAGAUGUCUGAAUGGACAAGAGCAUACACAGAAGACCUGAGUUCAGUUUCCUUCUUAGGAACUCACAGCUUCUUGCCACUCUAGCUCCAGGAGAUCUGAUGCCCUCUUCUGGCCUCUAUGGGCACUGCACUCAAGGGCAGGCUUUAGAACCGGGGAAACUAAAGAUAAAAACCAAAAUAAGAGCUUUCUGAUGCAGCCUGUGGAAUAUGCAGCAGAGUGAUGCAAGAGAGGGCAUUCAGAGUCUCAUGGGCCGUGGACAUGAGGAUACUAUGGCUGACCAGGAAGCGAACAGAUGGGGCCACAGUGGCAAGGACCCCAAUCACUACAGACCUGCAGGACUGCCUGACAAAUACUGAGCAUCCUCCUUACUGCCUCAGGAGGCUGUGCUGCGGGCUCUGGGGCUCAGGUUCCUGCUUUGCAGAAGAAACUGCCAGAUAUUCUAUAGGACACAGAGAGAAGCAACUAAGAAACUCUAGGCCUAUAGGCUGAAGAAAGAUGCCCAACAUUUCAGAGGAACUUUGAAUGACUAUACAGGCAAGCAGCUGUCUCUGUCAUUUCCAGAAUUUUUAGAAGUUGCUUAAAAUGGUACUUCCUAUUUACUUAGGUGAUAUUCUCACACCUUGGCUCACAGACCAUCAGAGCUGUCCAGAUAUUAAAGGACCUUUCAUUGCUGGAGCUCCAAAGAAGAUCAGGAGCACCAUUCGCAGACAUAACAAUGCCACUCUUCUGACCCAAGAGCAGUUCCAACUUUUAAGCUCUCUGGAGAAUAUUUACAUCAAUAAUAACAUUCCCUGGAAAUCUUACCUUGAACUGAAGAUCUAUCAGAUAAAAGCAGAAGUCCUGCUAAAUCAAGGCCUCACAGAGGAAGCACUUGUGAUGUAUCACAAAUUUUCAACACUCUUUAUGGAGAAACUCAGAAAAGGCCCGAAUAAGUGUCUUUCAGCUCGAAUAAGAUCCAAAAUCAACAAGACUAUAAAUAACAUUUUUGAAAAAUUUGAGAGCCUUAAAUUCACACUCCGAAGAAAUCAUACUAAGGAGUAUGAAGGCUACCUAGAUAAGAUGAAAAGAAAAGAGGAAGAGGCAAAAAACAAGGGGUUCGGGAAGCAUAGAAAAUAUCAUAGACGAAACUCCCGAGACUUCCCCAAAUUCAACUCUCUUCUACAAAGACUUAUGAGUCGUGGAAAGGUGGGCCCCAGCCUGACACCAACAUCUACAAAGUCUGAAGAGCCUUCAGGAGGAAGCACACCUGUGAAACAAACAGUGGUGUGUGGCCCACAGGAAGCCAUCGAGGAGAUAACCCCCACCCCUUCAGCAGACACUCCUGGGGAGACUAAGGUGGCGAAAAGCCCAGUUCCGAACUCCAAAGGCCUCCGCCCUGUGAUCCUUCCAAAAGACUUAUGGGAUAGGUUCCUGCUUUCUGCCAAAAACAACACAAAAAAAGGAGUGGAAACAUGCGGAGUCUUAUGUGGUACCCUGGAAAAGGAAGAAUACCACAUCAGUCAUGUUAUAAUCCCUGUGCAGAAGGGAAAGUCUAAUUACUGUUGUAUGGAGAACGAGGAGGAUCUCCUUUUUGUUCAAGAAGAGCUGGGGCUUCUCACCUUAGGUUGGAUUCAUACCCAUCCAACCCAGACAGCCUUCUUGUCGAGUGUGGAUUUACACACUCAUUUUUGUUACCAGAAGAUGCUCCCAGAAUCCAUUGCAGUGGUGUGUGCACCCAAGUAUAAACAAGUCGGAAUUUUUACACUAACAUCUUAUGGAUUAAAAGUAAUAGAAUUCUGUCCCCAGAGAGGAUUUCAUUCUCAUAAUCAGGACUCAGCUCUCUUCUGUGACUGCAGUCACGUCACCAUCCAAAACAGCCUGGUGACUGUCACAGAUUUGCGAUGAGUUAAAUCCCACACACCUACAUCAGUGGGAGCGUGUGUGUGUGUGUGUGUGUGUGUGUGUGUGUGUGUGUAUGUGUGUGUGUGUAUUGUGCGUGUGUAUUUUGUUUAUAUGUGAGUGAAUGUAGGAUGGUGUAUGUGUAUAUGUAUAUGUGUUCAAUCUAUGUUGUGUAUGUUACAUCUGUUUCAUGUAUGUUACAUCUUUGUCAUGUAUGUUCACUGGUGUGUAUGAAUGGCACACUGUACUCAUUCACAGAGCCCAGAGGAAGACACUGAUGUGUGCUCUAUUAAUGAAUUAGAAUAGUAUAUCAGUCAUUCAUAAUGACUAGAAAUUGAUUUUAUUAUAUAGUUUACUUGUUAUUAGUUUUAGAUGAUAUUUUCUGGCCAGGAUCCAGUAUAGGAGUAAGGGCCCAAUGCACGCACUUGCUGGCUUGCCUCACCUGCCUCAGGGAGCCUAGAGGACAGGUUGUAAUGCCAACGCUCACUGUCCUGAAGACAGUCCUCCUGAGUGACCACUCUGGCUACAACACAACUCUAAAGGAUGUUUGGCCAAGAGAGAGAAGUCUACUUACCUAAAAAGCUUGUUUUGAAGUAUGUAAAGUUCCCUAGCUGUGAUGAACUCACCAUUGAGGCUAAUGCUUACAGCAAACUGCAAAUAAAAAUGCUGUCCUGCGCAAGGGAUGCUGGGACAAAUUCACUGCCAGUGACAGUCUGGCCAAAGCAGCUCACAUGAACUGUGCUCGGGCGCACACUCUCUGCUCACAUUGGCCCUGUCUAGAAAUUUCCCAUAAAUUUCACAGAAACUUGUAUUUUCUUUAUAUAAGUGUGUUUUGAAACAGAUUUGUAGUUUCUUAAAAAUUCUAUUUAGUUCUGUAAUUAAAGUUGAGUUUCGUGUCAA